AGAGGUCUUCUGGUACGUAUUUCCGUUGCUCCGAUACUGCCCGGAGGUUCUGUAAUUGGAAACCCACUCAAUUUCAAUGAAAUAUGUGGUAAAGAAAGCAAGCUAUCGUUUGGAGAUGCAUUUUGUAUCAGAUGUCCCUGAAUUUUCCUGGUUCCUAACCAGUGGAUGUGUGUGUGAAUUGACUUCCAGUAUUGUAGUAUGAAAAGUGAGAGUGAAAGCUGAGACUGAGGCAGAUCCGUUCAGUUUACACUGUUCUGAAGGAGCAGAACACCAUUAUUUCACGUUCAGGAUCUGAUUACGCGUAAGACUAGAGCGAGAGAGUGUGCUAGAGAGCCACUGGACUGCUUUGCACAAUCGUUAAAAUCAGCAGCAAAAGCAGCAGAUGAUCAGCUAGCAUAAACAUUGUCUGGUUAUAGUGGUGAUGUGUACGCUUUAUUAAGGUAUGACAAACACCUGGAAAAGGAGCACGCAUUGGAAUGUUGCUCAGUAGUUUUAAGCAGUGGAAUGGAUUUCAAAGGAGAACAGUGAGCACUUCUUCAGAUAAUCCUACAUGCUCACUUCGUUUAUUCUGAUGCACAGUUUCAUAUAGAUUGCCGUGCGUGUAGACGUUGCUGUGAGGGUCUUUGACCUCUCUCAUUGCACAGUUGAAGCACAUACUGGAGUUCUCGCCAGUAUGGUGCAUAUUGGUUUCAAUGUAUCAUACGUGGAACUAAAAAAAGCCGUUGCCAUUAUUAUUAUUAUUAUUAUUCACUAAAAUGGACGAGUCGUCCCUCUUGGAUUUGCUCGAGUGCUCGGUAUGCCUGGAACGGCUGGACACCACCGCCAAGGUGCUGCCUUGUCAGCACACCUUCUGCCGCCGCUGCCUGGAAAACAUCUUGAGUUCCCGCAACGAGUUGCGAUGCCCAGAGUGCCGAAUACUGGUGGACUGUGGCGUGGACGAGCUGCCUGCUAACAUCCUACUGGUGAGACUGCUGGACGGUAUUAAACAGAGACCCAGGAACGGAGGGAGACUGUCACUUACAGGGGCUUCCCUGGGAUGCGCAGCCGGUAUCUCAGCCUCCCCUCCCGGGACAGCCAUCCGUGACCUACCGACAGCGAUACGCAGUUCCCCGGUCAAGAAUGUUCCACAGCUCCCCUGCGGCAAAGCCCUCUACAACUAUGAGGGGAAGGAACCCGGGGACCUGAAAUUCAACAAAGGAGAUGUCAUCAUUCUGCGCAGGAAGGUGGACGAGAACUGGUACCAUGGCGAGCUCAACGGCAGCCACGGCUUUCUGCCAGCCAGCUACAUCCAUUGCAUCAAACCCCUCUCGCAAACCCCACCUCAGGGCAAAGCACUUUACGACUUUGAAGUCAAGGACAAAGACCAAGACAAGGACUGCUUGACAUUCACCAAGGAUGAAAUUCUUAUUGUGAUAAGAAGAGUGGAUGACAACUGGGCAGAGGGAAUGCUGGGAGAUAAAAUUGGAAUCUUCCCUAUUCUAUACGUAGAGCUAAACGAGGCCGCAAAGCAGCUGAUUGAGAUGGACAAGCCAUGUCCUCCCUCCGGACCCGGCACUGACCCCUCAGCCCCUGUUGGCCCAUGCUCGGCCACCAGUGCCACCCUGAAUGGCACUAGUGCCAUGAGCGCCAUCCACCGACGCAUCGAUGGCAAGAAGAACACCAAAAAGCGGCACUCGUUCACAGCACUCAGCAUAACGCACAGGGCCGCCCAGGCCAUGAACAAUCGGCACUCCAUGGAGAUCAGCGCUCCUGUCCUUAUCAGCUCCAGCGACCCACGAGCAGCGGCCAGGAUUGGAGACUCCACACACCUGUCCUCCAGCGCACCCUCUCAGGAUUCCUCUUCCUUUGCUGGGACAUCUACUAUUGCAGGUGUUCCCCCCAGGAUUGCUGCAGCAUCUGGUGAGCAAGGUACUGCAGUCAAGGUCCAGCUGCCCCUCAACAUAUACCUGGCCCUAUAUGCCUACAAGCCUCAGAAGACAGAUGAGCUGGAACUGCGCAAGGGUGAGAUGUACCGCGUCACUGAGAAGUGUCAGGACGGCUGGUUCAAGGGCACCUCUCUGCGGACCGGCAUGUCAGGAGUGUUUCCUGGCAACUACGUGACUCCAGUGUCCAGGGCACCAUUUGCUGUGGGACAGUCCCGAACUGGUCUUCCCAUUUCUUCUCAACCGGUCAAGGGGGUCCCGACCUCCCCCCAGCCUGGAAGCUCUUCCAGCCCUGUCCUCCUGAACGCUGUGGCCAGGCCUGUUGCCCCCCUGGCUGCCCCCUCCACCUCCCCACAGCUGCAGCCCGCCUCCAUGCAGUUCAAGAACUGCCUGCGGAUCUCAGGCCAGCAGACAGUCAACCAGGCCCGCAGUGCAAUGCAACUGGUGCAUGCUGCGGCUGAGACACAGGAGAGGCCUACAGCUACUGUGCCUCCUCUCAGAACUCAGAGCUCGCCCUCACGCUCCCCGGCGACUGUGAUUCGGCCCCACUCCAUGGUGUCCCCUCAACACAUCCACCAGCCACCUGUCCCAGGUACCCCAGGGUCUCCGUGUGUCCGGCCCACCUUUCCUCUCACCUCAGCCGCUGCUGCCAUUACCCCUCCCAACGUGAACGCUGCCAACCUGAACGGAGAGGCAGGCAGUGGAGCACCCCAUCCCUCCUUGCCCUCCCACCCCACCAGCACUGCGCCAAGCCUGCCUAAAGCAGAAGAAAAGAAACCAGAGAAGAAGGAGAAGAAAGGAGGACUACUGAAGCUCUUGUCAGGAGCAUCUGCAAAAAAGAAGUCCCGCUCCUCGCCUUCUGUCUCUCCCACCCACGAACCCCAAACACAGGCAGCAGCAAAGGCACCUAUACAGGGGGCCAUGGGUCCUGAGGUGUCGUCAGUGUUGAAUCAUGGGAGAGCAGGCUCCUGUCCCAUCGAGAGCGAGAUGCAGGGAGCCAUGGGAAUAGAGCCCCUGCACAAGAAGUCUGGCUCUUUGGAUUUGAAUUUCUCAGUCUCGCCUCCUGCCAGACAGCCAUGCUCUUCAAUGGUGGCCCUCCGUCCAGAACCCAAGCCCCUCUCGAGAGAAAGGUACCGCGUGAUUGUACCCUACCCGCCUCAGAGCGAGGCGGAGAUCGAGCUGAAGGAAGGAGACGUUGUGUUUGUGCACAAGAAGCGCGAGGACGGCUGGUACAAGGGCACCUUGCAGCGCAGCGGGAGGACAGGUCUCUUCCCAGGCAGCUUUGUAGAAAGCUUCUAAGAAGCUCGGCUCUCUCGUCAGCUGCAGCCGCCGCCAGGCCGCAAUGUAGCACAUACUUUUUUUUGUAUUACUUGUUGUUUUGUAAUCUUUCAUGAAGAUUCCAGCUGCCAGAAGGGGUCCUCCUCUCUUCAGGCGGAUAUGCUACCCAGCACAAAGCAACUAUAUGACACAAGGGAAACGAGAAACCCAUUGACAUUCACUGCCAUUACUACUUCCAAAGAAAUUUGAAAGAAUAUGAGCCCAUGUACAAGCACACACAGCCAUAGGCACACAGAGGACAUAGAGAACCAUCCUAUGAGGAAAAAGUCUUGGAGUGACUGCACGUUUAUCAAAGUGUACCUACAAUAGUAUGUUGAAGUAGUGCCUUCCCUCAUGGAGCCACCAACCAACAAGACAGACCGACCGAGCAGGAGCAAAUCAUUCACAUUUUUACUCAAACAAGCUACAUAGAUUAAGUGUCUUUUUUUUUUAUUAAUGUUUUGCUAUAUUACUGUAACUUAUUUUGGAGCAGCUGCAGUGAUCCCUUUUAAGUGCCCUGCGUGGGUUAACUGUUAGGAAUGCCCAUGCAUUUGAUGUGUUGUUGUACCGUAGACUAAAUAGAGAAAAGUAUUAAUAGGCAGCAAUAACAAAGAUGGCCAACGAAAUAGGGAGGGUUUGAGUAAAACCAACCAGCUUAUUCCAUUGAAUUUUUUCAGUUUGUUAUAAAUCAGAUUUAGUGCACGACAGCACAUCACCCAAGAUCUCAGUCUUAUAAGCAUGCAGAAAUACUGUAUUAAAUGUUUGGUAUUUGUUCCUGAAAAAUAGCAUUACUGAAAGGGUCAAAUUCUUAUUACUGCUCAUUGUCAGCCAAUAUUGCAUCACUGGAAACAUUGACUGAUUUAUAUCAUGUCUUGCUUGAAAUUAUUAAUUCAUGUUAACUACCUUCAAAUAAAACAAAUCACAGCUUUUCAAUAGUUUCCUAAUAUAUUGUUAAAAUAUAAAAAUAAAAACGUAGGUGGGUCCCUCUUGUUUACCUUUUCACUGCUCUUUUGUAACUCCUAUGCUGUAAAUAAAGAUUGUUUGGAGGACAUAAAAAAAAGCAUGAUCCCAGAGCAAAAUCAGUGAAAAGAGUUGUUUCACAAGAGCAGUGAAAAAGAGUUGUUUCACAAGAGCAGUGAAAAGAGUUGUUUCACAAGAGCAGUGAAAAGAGUUGUUUCACAAGAGCAGUGAAAAGAGUUGUUUCACAAGAGCAGUGAUAAAGAGUUGUUUCACAAGAGCAGUGAAAAGAGUUGUUUUACGAGCAGUGAAAAAGAGUUGUUUCACAAGAGCAGUGAAAAGUUGUUUCACAAGAGCAGUGAAAAGAGUUGUUUCACAAGAGCAGUGAAAAAGAGUUGUUUCACAAGAGCAGUGAAAAAGAGUUGUUUAUAGGUGAAUCUCCCACCUUUUCAAGCAGGACUGCAUGGUGAAUCUCUAGGUAAUGCCCAAGUUUGGGCGUCGGGUUGAGUGUUUACUUUGACUGAUUCAGUCAUUUACAAGGGAGUUUGACUUCAAAUAUAGUGUAGAGAUUUAUUGAAGCAAAAAUGUGGUCUGCUGCUUAGAUGCUAUGACUGUGAGCUUACUUUUGGGUAUAUUAAGCUGAUCCAUGCAUUUCUCUGCAGUUUACUGUAGAGUACAGUUUAGCUAUCUUUUUUUUUUUUUAAGAGGCUUGUCUACCUUUCAGAGUAAUGGUCAUGUUAAGUUGCAUAGCAGAAUCUGUCUUCUUGUGACACUGCAGUUAGUUGUGUUGAAAGUUGUUGAUAUGGGUCCAAGACUUAAUUCUCAAAUGUCUAAUCAUAGUAUAGGGAAUGGAAACUUACUUGAAUCUUAAAUGUAAAAGCAUAUGGUCUGUUAUACAGGCCAAUAACUAAGACCAAGAGGUCAGACUGAGAAUUAGCAAUAGUUGGGCAGAAUGUUUCUUCUGCUAGCCAGGCCUGAAAAAAACAAACAAACCAAAACAUUCCAAGAAAAGCACAUACUUUAAUAAAAAAGCACAUUUAUUUUAAACCCCCCAGCUUCAUUAAUAUUAUUGUAGGUGGAUGUUCAGUAAGUACUGUAUUUCAGGUGUUAAUUAUCAGUAUAUUAUCAAAAUAUAUGACAUUAUAUAUAUAUAUAUAUAUAUAUAUAUAUAUAUAUAUAAACACAUAACUCAUUAUCUGUCAAUGAGCCAAGAUUAUUAUCUUGUAUUUUUACAGUUUAUUUUAUUUAAAACAAGAUGUUUCUUUUAUUUAAAACAAGACGUUUUUUUUCUUAUCAUGACUAUUUUUUUUUACAGUAUAUGCACCAAUUUGAAGAUUAUUUUAAUGCAUAAGUAUUUAUGCGUUCGCACAUUGUUUCUAAACAGCAUCUUUAUCUGCAAGACUGUUUUGGUUGGUCAUUUUCAGAAUUGGAAAGAACUGAAAAGCAACUAAAACAUCACUAGGAAAAGCAUAUCCGCCGACAUUAUAACUUUUCUUGUCAGUUUCAAGUGUUUCUCUCCUUUGCAAGAAUAAUAACAUAUAAGAACAGCAGCCAAAAGAAUGUAGGAUCCCAAUGAAAAUAUAGCAACACUUGGAGAUGCAUUUACCAACUCCCCUACCAAUUCCUAGUAAGUGCUAUCAACCGUCAAGCCUACACACUGCCUCAGUAGAGGACAAAUAUUGAAAUAUGAGGAUAGAUUUAUAGUCUGUUAUACGAAUAUAUAAGAUAUAGACAUACAUAUCUUAAUACACAUAAAGCUAAAUGGGCUUGCAGUGUUAUGUGACUUUUGUUGAAAGCUUUUAUUUUUCUUCAUAAGAAUUGCCAAAUAUUACACUGCUUUGUGCUGAUAAAAGGGAGGUGUCUUAAUGAAACGAAUUGUGGUAUGAGGCAGACUGAAAUUUUUCAUUUGAAAAUAAAGCAAUUUCGCCUUUGGGAUUGUAUGUUGUAAAUGAUAAUCGUGUUGCAGUAUGGGAUGAACACAGUAGGGCAUUAAAGUAGAGCACUGCAGCUGAGAGAACCGUGGUAUUAUUUCAGAGCUCUCAAAACAGACUGGCUGGAAUUCAUAAUGUUCCACACUUGUAAUAACUGAAAACUGAAAAGAGAGUGUGCAGAAUAAUAAUAAAAAUACUUCUUUAAAACAAA